UGGAGGGGGGAGCAGCAUCAUGGUUCAACGUGGGUCAAUUUUUUGUGAAUGAGGAGGGGAGGUUGUGGGGCCGCCGCCGCGGAGCACGGUCCCCGCCGCCGCCCGAGCCCGAGCCCGCGCGCCCGCUCGCGCCCUCCCGCCCGGCCCGCUCCGCGCGCCCGCGUCGCCGUCGCCGCCCGAGCCGCCCGCCCGCGGGCGGUGGCGGCGCAGGCUGAGGAGAUGCGGUUCGCAGCGCCCGAGCGGGGCUAGAGUCGGCCGCCGCCGGUCAUCUUCGGGAAGACGGGCGAAGACCUCUGCCCUGUGUGGAUCACGUGGCUCUGAGACGCUGUCCGUGAGGCUCGGAGUUUGCACGGCUGCGGCCCUCCCCUCCAGGUUUCUGUACUUGUGUGCUGGUGGAGUUUGGAGCUCUCUGGAGCUCUGGUUUACGUGGGGAUUUUGAGCCAUUUUGAAUCGUUAAAGGUGCAGACGCUCGCUGCUAGCAAUGAGCUCCCAAAGCCAUCCAGAUGGACUUUCUGGCCGAGACCAGCCAGUGGAGCUGCUGAAUCCUGCCCGUGUGAACCACAUGCCCAGCACGGUGGACGUGGCCUCAGCACUGCCUUUGCAAGUGGCCCCCUCGGCAGUGCCCAUGGACCUGCGCCUGGAUCACCAGUUUUCACUGCCCGUGGCUGAGCCAGCACUACGGGAGCAGCAGCUCCAGCAGGAGCUCUUGGCGCUGAAGCAGAAGCAGCAGAUCCAGCGGCAGAUCCUCAUUGCUGAGUUCCAGCGGCAGCACGAGCAGCUGUCCCGGCAGCACGAGGCUCAGCUUCAUGAGCACAUAAAGCAGCAGCAGGAGAUGCUGGCCAUGAAGCACCAGCAGGAGCUGCUGGAGCACCAGCGCAAGCUGGAGAGGCACCGGCAGGAGCAGGAGCUGGAGAAGCAGCACCGGGAGCAGAAGCUGCAGCAGCUCAAGAACAAGGAGAAGGGGAAGGAGAGUGCCGUGGCCAGCACAGAGGUAAAGAUGAAGCUGCAGGAGUUUGUCCUCAAUAAGAAGAAGGCGCUGGCCCACCGCAACCUGAACCAGUGCAUGUCCAGCGACCCCCGCUACUGGUAUGGGAAGACGCAGCACAGUUCUCUUGACCAGAGUUCUCCGCCCCAGAGCGGGGUGUCGGCCUCCUACAACCACCCGGUCCUGGGAAUGUAUGACGCCAAAGACGACUUCCCUCUUAGGAAGACAGCUUCUGAACCCAACCUGAAAUUGCGGUCCAGGCUUAAGCAGAAAGUGGCUGAGAGACGGAGCAGCCCUCUCCUGCGCAGAAAAGAUGGGCCUGUGGUCACUGCUCUAAAAAAGCGUCCCCUGGAUGUCACAGACUCUGCAUGCAGCAGUGCCCCAGGAUCUGGGCCCAGCUCACCCAACAGCAGCUCUGGCAACGUCAGCACUGAGAAUGGCAUCGUGCCCACUGUGCCCAGCGUCCCGGCCGAGACCAGCUUGGCACACAGACUGGUGGCCCGGGAAGGCUCAGUCGCCCCGCUCCCCCUCUACACGUCGCCCUCCUUGCCCAACAUCUCCUUGGGACUUCCUGCCACUGGCCCUGCUGCUGGUGCAGCAGGCCAGCAGGACGCCGAGCGACUGGCUCUCCCGGCCCUUCAGCAGCGGAUCCCCCUCUUCCCCGGCACCCACCUCACCCCCUACCUGAGUGCCUCCCCUCUGGAGCGGGACAGUGGGGCGGCUCACAACCCUCUUCUACAGCACAUGGUCCUGCUGGAACAGCCCCCUGCACAGGCGUCCCUCGUCACAGACUGGUAUCUUUCAGGCCUGGGAGCGCUGCCCCUCCACGCACAGCCCCUGGUUGGUGCCGACCGGGUGUCCCCGUCCAUUCACAAGCUGCGGCAGCACCGCCCGUUGGGGCGCACGCAGUCGGCACCACUGCCGCAGAACGCGCAGGCGCUGCAGCACCUGGUGAUCCAGCAGCAGCACCAGCAGUUCCUGGAGAAGCACAAGCAGCAGUUCCAGCAGCAGCAGCUGCACAUGAACAAGAUCAUCCCCAAGCCCAGCGAGCCGGCCCGGCAACCAGAGAGCCACCCUGAGGAGACGGAGGAGGAGCUCCGGGAGCAUCAGGCCCUGCUGGACGAGCCCUAUCUGGACCGGCUCCCAGGGCAGAAGGAGGCACACUCGCUGGCUGCUGUACAGGUGAAGCAGGAGCCCAUCGAGAGCGACGAGGAGGAGGCGGAGCCCACACGGGAGGCGGAGCCAGGCCAGCGUCCCCCCACCGAGCAGGAGCUGCUCUUCAGACAGCAAGCUCUCCUGCUGGAGCAGCAGCGUGUCCACCAGCUGAGAAGCUACCAGGCGUCCCUGGAGGCCGCGGGCAUCCCUGUGUCCUUCAGCAGCCACAGGCCUCUGUCCCGAGCACAGUCCUCCCCCGCCUCGGCCACCUUCCCUGUGUCUGUCCAGGAGCCACCCCCCAAGCCAAGGUUCACCACAGGCCUCGUGUACGACACCCUGAUGCUGAAACACCAGUGUGCCUGUGGGAACACCAACAGCCACCCCGAGCACGCAGGGAGGAUCCAGAGCAUCUGGUCCCGCCUGCAGGAGACGGGCCUCCGCAGCAAGUGUGAGUGCGUUCGUGGACGGAAGGCCACACUGGAGGAGCUGCAGACGGUGCACUCGGAGGCCCACGCCCUGCUGUACGGUACAAACCCGCUCAACAGGCAGAAGCUGGACAGUAAGAAACUUCUAGGCUCCCUGACCUCCGUGUUUGUCAGGCUCCCUUGCGGUGGUGUUGGGGUGGAUAGUGACACUAUAUGGAAUGAGGUGCACUCGUCAGGGGCGGCUCGCCUGGCCGUGGGCUGUGUGGUGGAGCUGGUCUUCAAGGUGGCCACGGGAGAGCUGAAGAAUGGCUUUGCUGUGGUCCGCCCUCCAGGACACCAUGCUGAGGAGAGCACACCCAUGGGCUUCUGCUACUUCAACUCCGUGGCGGUGGCGGCCAGGCUGCUCCAGCAGAGGCUGAGUGUGAGCAAGAUCCUCAUCGUGGACUGGGAUGUGCACCACGGGAAUGGGACCCAGCAGGCCUUCUACAGCGACCCUGGUGUCCUCUACGUGUCCCUGCACCGCUACGACGACGGGAACUUCUUCCCGGGCAGCGGGGCCCCCGACGAGGUGGGCACAGGGCCAGGCGUGGGCUUCAACGUCAACAUGGCUUUCACGGGUGGCCUCGACCCCCCCAUGGGAGACACAGAGUACCUGGCAGCCUUCAGGACUGUGGUCAUGCCGAUCGCAAACGAGUUUGCCCCAGACGUGGUGCUCGUCUCAUCGGGCUUCGACGCCGUGGAGGGCCACCCCACGCCUCUCGGAGGGUACACCCUCUCCGCAAAGUGUUUCGGGUACCUGACGAAGCAGCUGAUGGGCCUGGCUGGUGGACGAGUCGUGCUGGCCCUGGAGGGAGGCCACGACCUGACCGCCAUCUGCGACGCCUCUGAGGCCUGCGUGUCUGCCUUGCUGGGAAACGAGCUCGAGCCUCUACCAGAAAAGGUGUUACAGCAGAGACCCAAUGCCAACGCUGUGCGCUCCAUGGAGAAGGUCAUGGAGAUCCACAGCAAGUACUGGCGCUGCCUCCAGCGCCUGUCCUCCACGGCGGGGCGUUCUCUGAUCGAGGCACAGAAGUGUGACAACGAAGAAGCAGAGACGGUCACCGCCAUGGCCUCGCUAUCCGUGGGUGUAAAGCCCACAGAGAAGAGGCCUGACGAGGAGCCCAUGGAGGAGGAGCCGCCCCUGUAGCCGCCCGCAGAGCUGCUGUGCUCUCCUUGUCUGUCUCUGUCUUGAAGCUCAGCGAGGGACUUGCCCGUGUCGCCGCGUCCUGCAGCGCUCAGCGCAGGGCCACCGGCGUGCAGCAGCACCAAGGCCUCUGAGUCUGGACGCGCGUGCACGGCGGCCUGCAGCGCCACUCGACUCGGGCGGCGAGCAGCGGGCCAGACACCGCACGCCACGAGCACCCGGGCGUGCCAGGAGCCGCGAGGGACGAAGCUGUGGCAGCCUGGGGCAGAGUGGCCGGGUGUAGUUGACACGUGGAAAAGAAAACGGAAAUCAGAGCUCUACCAGACACGACACUUGAUUAAAACUGGUGCUUAAAGUUUGAUUCUCACCCACAAUUCCACAGUCUCCGUGUAAACCACUCGGCCAUCCCGUAGCUUCUUUCUAACAGGAAGUUUCUCCGGCUCCGGCCUGCCCCCGGGCCUUGGCGGUGUGCCGCAGGGGCUUGCAGUGGGUGUGGGGCAGAGCUGGACGGACCUUUAAGGAACAUAACUGGACAGAACAGAACCGUGAGCCUGGGAGUCGGCUUGAGCUUCUCAAAGCCAUCGGAAGAUGCGAGUUUGUGCCUUUCUUUUACUGUUCUGAUGGGUUUUGUGCUGGGUUUUCUGAAGUCUGAGGAACAAUGCCUUAAGAAAAAACAAACAGCAGGAGUUGGUGGGACCGUGUCCUGUGGUGCAGCCUGGCGCUGGCCUGGCGCUGUGAGGGCAGGUGGCAGAUGCCGCCGAGGGCCAUGGCCUGGCGGCCUCGUUUGGCUUUAUUGCUGUUUAAGGAAUCUGGAGGUAGUUCCAAAAAAGCGGCAAACACUGUUGGGGUUUUGAAGUCCAACAAAUUUUCAAUGAAUCCAAAGUGUUCUUUUUCUCAUACGUCAUGUAGCAAUUGAGCAUCUCCAUUCGGUUGUGAAGCAUGUCCUGGGCACACCUGCAGUGUCACGAUUGGAAUGCUUUUACUAAAAGCAGGUAGCAUGAAGUAUUGCUUAAAUUUUAGGUAUAAAUAAAUAUAUAUGUGUAUAAUAUAUAUUCCAAUGUAUUCUAAGCUAAGAAACUUGAUUCUUAUGAGAUCUUGAUAAAAUAUUUAUAAUGCAUUUAUAGAAAAAGUAUAUAUAUAUAGAUAUAUAUAUAAAAUAAAUGCAGAUGGCGACAGUCCCUGGCGAACAGAGGGCUGUGGCUGAGCUCCGCGGUGCUGAGGGGGUGGUCCGGAUGGAGCCUGCCGCCUGGAGCUCCCCCUGGCCGGCUUUCAGGUCCCAGCUCCCUCAUCCCGGCCACGUCCCUGCCAGCGUGUACUUUAAUUUCAAUUAUUUUCUAACAGAGCCCCCCCCCUUUUAAAGCCUCCAUGCACAUAUGUACCUAAUGAGUUUUUAUAGCAAAGAAUAUAAAUUUGCUGUUGAUUUUUAUAUGAAUUUUUCACAAAAAGACCCUGAGUAAGCAUUGUUUUGUGAAUUUUACAUUUUUCCUUACCAUUUAGCAGUUUUCUGAAUGGUAGUAAUGUCUAAGUACUUUUUCUUUCUAAGUUCUUGCUUGUACUUUUUUUGACUUUGGAGGGUCACUGUGUGUUCCGCACCGUGAGCAGUGUCCUGUGGCAGGGGACUGCCUCCGCUGGCUGGCGGGAAGGGCUGAGCGCCUGGUGUUUGGGCUCCCCAGCUCUGCCACACAGAGAAGCCGGGGCUUGUCUGACCCCCAGCACUAGUAGUGUUACCUGGGUGGUGUGCGCUCCCCCUGCCAAGGAUGGCCCAGCCACUGCGUGGGCGAUGCUCUUGUUUAAACUUCUCUGACGCUCCGCCGGGACGGGCUCUGGCUCCAGCUUUCCAAAGACCUUUGAAGCAUGUCAGCCAUGCGUGGCCCGGAGCGGACCCUGCACCCGUGGGUUUCCUGCCGCAGCCACACGGGGCGGGCGCCAGCUGGAGCAGCAGGCCCUGGGUCGGAGCCUGUGGCUGUGGAGCGGAGGCCGGUGCCGCUGAGCCGCAGAGGGCACAGGCUCCUGAAGGGACCCCGCCUUUGUCUGUGCUCUUUUUCUCUGACAGUGACUGACGGUCACUUUUUACUGGUAACUUAUUUUCUAGCACUUGAAGCCACCAAUUUCAUUCCAAAGUGUGUCACAUUUGGACUCCUGGAGGAAGUUCAGACGCUCGGAAGGGCUUCUGAGUGUGGUGAAGUUUACAGGCAGACACGCAGCCAGACUUGGCUGGAGGAGUGCGGAUUCUCGGACUCCUGGUUGCGUGGCUGCUCUUGGUCAGUACUGAGACAGUGCUUGGAGAGCAGGGCAGAGCCGUCUUGGGACUUGUUGUCUCCCUCUUUGCUGGCCACUCUUGCUCUGAAGCCCACGGUGACAGGAAGAGCUGGCAUGUAGGGCCCAGCCAGCCCUUCUCCUUUGUGGUACUGCAUGGUGACAGGGCCCAGCAGCCGGCUCUUCUGACCCCUGGACCCGCUCUGCCACCCUGCAGGGCCCCGACACCUGCCCUCUGCUGCCAGUGCGGCUUCUGGGAGAGAAGCAGAGUCUCCCUGUUCUUCAGACUAUGGGGUAGCUGGGCCAGCUGGUGGCCAGUUCUCACUGGAGGGACUCGCUUCCAGUCUCCUUCUGGUGGGGCGCCCUCAGUCCAGAGCCUGGCCAGGAGGUGCGUCCUCGGCCCGCGUGCCCCCGCGUGCGGAGGGAACACCAGGCAGCCUUUUCUUUGGAGACACACUUGGCCCCUCCCCACAGCCAGCACCCAGGGCAGAUGGCAGAGGGUCUGCCUAGGCCUCUGCAGGCAGACCCACAGCAGGGAGGGCCCCUCGUACAAGUUCCCUGUCUGGUCCUUGAACCUGCAGCCUUUUUCUUCCUCUGCAGAGGCCUUGCAGGGGUCACUGGCUGGGAGCCCGUGAGAGCACUUUACAUCCCUUUAAGGGAAACCCCAAUCAGGGCCACCAAAUGCGUGGGGGCCACCCUGCCCUUGGGGAUUCCAGCUGCGCCAUGACGUGCCCACGCCCCACCAGCAGGUGGCCGUCCCAAGAGGCCACGCCUGCUGGGACCGGUCGACCCCUUCCCAGCAUCCUGGGGCUCUGGUACCUAAGGGCCACUUGUCAAAGUGUUUCAGUUUUCUUUUAAGAUCUGUUUUCAAGAGGAAGGGCCAUUUGCAGUGGCUGGCCGGGGUAAGCGACCUCUGCGGCACAGCCGUGGACACUAGGUUCGCUCUCUGUCAGACACGCCUUCCUUGCUGGUCACGCCAUGUGCGCGCUCCAUUCUUACUUUGUAGACUUUGGGCCACGCGUUUUGUGGGCGUUGAUUCACAUAUAAAUAUAUAGAUAUAAAUAUAUGAGUAUAUUUUUUUAAGUUUCCUACGCCUGGAAGUCGCAUGGACUGAAUGCCUGGCAUGUCCUACGUGGUAGAUCCGCACGCCACACUUGGCAGCUCCGGGGAAGAAGGAAGAUGCCUUUUUGUCCCCUCUCUUGACCUUUGCAGAUAGAAAAGGUAGAAACCCUCUGCAGAGCAGAACGGAACCUUGAAGGAGAGGAGGGGAUUGAGUCUCAUUGAACUUAUUCUCAAGAAAUUGUACUUUUUAUUGUAAGAAAAAUAAAAAGGACUACUUAAACAUUUGUCAUAUUAAGAAAAAAGUUUACCUAGCACUUGUGACAUACCAAUAAUAGUUUAUUGUAUUUAUGUGGAAACAGUGUUUUAGGCAAACUGCAGCUUCCAGAGGGAACCGCCGGUCUCUCUCGAGCUGGUUUGGAGGGAUUUUGUUUUCUGUUGUUUCUUUUCUUUCCUUCCACAGGGCCAGGUGUGCACUGCCCACCACAGCUGGCCUUGUGACCAUUUGUUCUGAUUGAGAACGGGGGUCUGAGGGUCCCUUGCGCACAGUGGCUGGCUUUUGUCUGGGUGGUGUGCGGCGCGGGCGCUGGGGCCGCGGGAGCCCUUUCUGCAGUGCUGCGUGGCGGGCUUGGCCCGGCCCCGCCGUGACUUGACGAAGUCUCCCACUCAAGCAAGCGAGCAACUUUGGCUUGUCAGCGUGAGUGCUCUGUGGUGGAGACGCGCUUCUCAUGUACAGAAUGGCGAUCAAGUGGUGGACACAUGCACGUCUCCACGAAGGGCGCCUCCCGUGUGUGGCAGGGACAGGCGUGCACUGCGUGGGCCGUCAGUCCUGCCACUGACCGUUUCCUCCGUCUGGACCCCCCAGGCGCCACCUCUAGCUCGGGGCAGCUGGAGGUCUUGUUUCGGGUUUCUCAUCCUCGGUUUGUUCUGUGUGGGUGAGUCUCCAUGGCCGCCGUGUCCCCCACGGUCCACUGUCUCCGCCCACGGGAGUGCAGUCUUGUAGUCCUGGCUCUCCUGUCACUCUUGUGGUGUAAAUAAAGACUGCA